CCAGGGAGGGGCAGGGGUGUCACAGGAAAUGGCCCCGGGAGCUCAGAUAAGCUGAAGGAACCCCAGUAGCUGGGAGGACAGAGAACGGGUGGCAUUGCUCCCACCUGCCCUGCCCAGAAGAGCCUGAGAGAGGGACCGAGCCUGAGCCUGCUAGAGGCGGUCUUCAGGCUGAGAGGGGCUCCCCAAGUCCCAGGACAGAGCAGGGCUCACCAUGCUGCUUGUCCUCAGCCUGCUCCUCCUCAUGGGGCUGUCUGUGGGCACCGAGGCAGGUGAUAAGGAACUGACCCUCGAUGCUAAAGCAGGAUCCUGGGUGACGGUGACCCUGGAGGAAGAUGGCAUUCCCAGCAUUCAGCUCCAGCUCCAGCAGGUGAAGGGGGCCAAAACCAGCCAGUUCUUUGGGCUGAUGGGGAAGCAGGUGGGAGGAAUACCUCCCAUCCAGCCAGAGAGAACGGGGUAUCAGCGAGGACCAGUGAUCCAGGGUCUCCUGAGCCCAGGAGGACCAUCUACAGAAGGCAGAGAGGACAAGGACCGCGGGUCAGAGUGAGAGCCCCCACCACACGCCUCCCAGAGGACCAAACCCCUUCUCCCCAUGUGGACAUAACAGCGGGCCAGUCAGGCCAGGCCGGCUCUUCUCCGUGUCUCCUGUGCUCAUCGCUGGCGUGUCCCUCCCACCAGGCCUUCCAUGAACUCACUGGGCUCUUUCUUCCCGGGGCUCUGGGUCUCAAGCACCACAUCGAGCUUCCAUGCAAAGUUGUUACCACUGUGAGCUAGUGCCCUGUGCCCCAACCCUUCCAGCAUUCUAUUCAAACCUCACCUCCUAGCAGGAUUGGGUCUCUUCACUCUGUCUCCUAAGCCCAGAACCCAGAGGGAGCUCAAUAAACCAAUGAAGAAUGAA